CCUUCACAGUAAUCUUUACAAAAUGGCGACUGUUGUUGUUUUGCCGCAGGGUCAGUGAAUAAAUCCGUUUUUCAUUUCAAUAAUUUCCUGCACUAAUUUGCAGAAACAACAAUAAAAAAGCCCAGGCGUCCCGAGGGUCGGCUCCGUGUGGACUGAGAUGAAAGGUAAAGAGCGGUCGCCGAUUAAAAAACGCUCUCGGGCCUUGGACGAUAUACGAGACAGGGGAGGAUGCCAUCCGACCAGCAAGAAAAUGGGGGCUCUCUCUGUUUCCAGUGGGAGUAAUAAUGGAAAUAGCUCGACCAAAGGCGACGGCGGCUCGACGAGAAGGAGUCUGCUCGGUGAAAAAAGAGAUUUCGACAGUCAUAGUCGGACUGGAAAUAAUCACAGUUGUCAGUCUGCUGCCGCUAGCUCACUCGGUAAAAACCACAACCUGAGCCUGACGCUGGAUUUAGCCUCACCGAGGACCACUUCACGGGGGGAGCAGCGGGUGCAGCCGCCCAGCACCGAGAGUGAUUACAAAACCCUCAAAAUAAGCGACCUCGGCACCCAGCUGAGCGACGAAGACAUAGAGGACGGACUCUUUCAUGAAUUUAAAAAAUUCGGAGAUGUGAGCGUUAAGAUAAGCCGUAGCAACGACGAGCGGAUAGCGUUUGUGAAUUUCAGGAAGCCGGAGGACGCCAGAGCUGCUAAGCACGCCAGGGGACGGUUAGUGCUGUACGACCGCCCGCUGAAAAUUGAGGCAGUGUACAUUAACAGGAGGAGAAGCCGCUCCCCUGUGGAGAGAGACUUGUAUGGUGCAGCUCAAAGCCAUAGACAUUUGCAGAGACCCCUCUCGCCCACUGGGCUUGGAUACAGAGACUACCGGCUGCAGCAGCUGGCCUUAGGUCGGCUCCCCCCUCCCCCGCCGCCCCCUUUGCCCAGAGAACUGGAGCGGGACAGGGAGUUUGCCCUGUUUGAAGCCAGGGCACGCCCAGCUUUCAUUGCUGAGCGAGCAGCUUUUCGUGAGGAGGAUUUUAUAUCUCCAGAAGAUGACCAAAGAGCCAAUAGGACGUUGUUUUUAGGCAAUCUCGACAUAACUGUGACAGAAGCAGACCUGAGGAGAGCUUUUGACAGGUUUGGGGUCAUAACAGAAGUGGACAUUAAGAGACCCACACGGGGACAGACCAGCACAUAUGGAUUUCUGAAAUUCGAGAAUCUUGACAUGGCUCACCGCGCAAAGCUAAGUAUGUCUGGCAAAAUAGUAGGCCACAACGCCAUAAAGAUAGGCUAUGGGAAAGCAACUCCCAGCACACGCCUGUGGGUGGGUGGACUUGGACCCUGGGUUCCUGUGGCUGCCCUGGCAAGAGAGUUUGAUCGCUUUGGCACUAUAAGGAGCAUUGACUACAGAAAAGGGGAUACUUGGGCCUACAUUCAGUAUGAAAGUUUGGACGCUGCACAAGCAGCAUGCACACACAUGAGGGGCUUCCCACUGGGAGGACCAGAGAGAAGACUUAGAGUGGACUUUGCUGACAAUGAGCAUCGUUACCAGCAGCAGUUCCUGCAGCCUCUCCCAAUACCACCGUUUGACAUGGUGGCUGAGUCAUUUGUCCACCGUGCCACACCUGAACCUCUGAGGGUCAGGGAACGGACUCCACCGUCGCUUCACUUCAGGGAGAGAGAGCUCUUUCCUGGAACUGAGUGGCCCAACCCAGCUAUUCGUGAUCGGGUACGUGCCUCACCCUUUGAGCCUCUGGAGCACUUGGAACGUGAGCGGCGGGCACAAGAGCCCUGGUCUCUGGAACGAGAGCUGCAGGGACGAGAACCUGCACGCAAGCGGCGUGUAAUGGAGGACGGACGACAUAUAGACCACUCCCCUGACAGCACUGAGAGGACAGUAAGGCGUAGACGUGCUUCUCCAGAUGGCAGUCCUGGAGGUAGCAGCAGAGAUGGAGGCCGCUUCAGUGACUCAGAGCGCCCUCUGCGAGGUGAGAGGCCCUCCCCUGCACAAGAACGUCACAACAGCCUGGAAAAAGGUGGGGCUGAACGAAGACUCAAAAGCCAGAGUCUCUCUGACAAGGGACCUUCUAGCAGCAGCCUUUCAGCAGUUGGAGAGCGUAAGCGCAAAGCAGGCGAUGGUGGGAAGGGGCCAGCCAAGAGAGAACGUUCUGAGAGCAGUUUCAAGGGAGGCCAGCCGUCCAAACCAGAUGGCACCAAACUCAGUCUGGCCUGGCAUGGUAUGCUGCUGCUUAAGAACAGCAACUUCCCAGCCAACAUGCACCUGCUGGAGGGUGAUCACAGCGUAGCCAGCGACCUGCUUGUUGAGGGCACAACAGGGAGGCAGGUGAGCGAGCUAAAGAUCACCCAGCGUCUCCGUCUGGACCAGCCCAAGCUUGAUGAGGUGUCCCGGCGCAUCAAGGUGGCGGGUCCCGGUGGCUACGCCAUCCUGCUGGCAGUUCCUGGGACCACAGAGGAUUUAUCUUCAUCUGACCCUGCAGCCUCAACUCAGCGGCCGCUUCGCAACCUGGUGUCCUACCUCAACCAAAAACAAGCAGCUGGAGUCAUCAGCCUGCCUGUGGGAGGGAGCCGAGAUAAAGACAACACAGGAGUUCUUCAUGCUUUCCCUCCCUGUGAUUUCUCCCAGCAGUUUCUGGAUUCCUCUGCCAAAGCUCUGGCUAAAAGUGAAGAGGACUAUCUGGUCAUGAUUGUGGUUCGUGGAGCAUCUUAAAAAAAAAAAAUCAGAACACUAAAUUCAAGUGGUGUAAAGAAAAAAAGAAAGAAAAUCUGCUGUAUGUCACUAACUAUUGCAUGCUGUGUGUUCUGCAUCAUGGGGUACACUAGUAUGGUUCUUGAGUGUUUGUAUGAUGCCAUGUAAUCCACUAAAAGGACAGACCCUCCUACAUAACUAAAACGAUGUGUUUUUGAAAUUAUUUUUUAAAGGGUGUAUGAAUUGCUCACAAUCAGAAACCUGCAGUAAUUCAGUCAGAAUACAGUAAAACAGUAAAAUAUGAGGAGCAUCCGUUGAAUACAUUUUGAGUUUUAUUUAAGAAGAGAUGUCAUGAAGAAAAGUACUACAAGAAAAGCACUAGAGUAUUUAGAAAUGCAUUGAGUAUAUACAAUAACACCUCCAUUACAAUGAAACCACAAACAGUGGCCUCACAAGCCACACCUCCCUGACAGUGUUAACAAAAGCUAACAAAUUACAAGCUUAACAAAGGUCAUGUUUGUGUCCUGGCUAUUGUACUCUAUUGCCUUAGAUUGUAUAGGUGUUAUUGUGUAUACCACCUAUUCUGGCAUUGACAUUAUAAUCUGAAACGAUAUACACUUUUUGAUGGAUGGAGACAAAGAUGAGCAUGACAUUUUUGAAUUGAAGGUUUUCAGUAAGGGUGUAGUGAAUGAUUUGGUACUGCAGUCACAAAGCUAAUCAGGAGUAGGAACAUUUGAAAUGUCAACACACGUCGCGCAACUCUUCUCCAGCACACCACACUUGAUUCACCAGAUAUUUUCGGUUAUCUUGCCUUCAUCCUGAUGAAAACAUGAAAGCUUAUUCAGUUUGGUGAACGAGUGUGGUGUACUGAAGAAAAGUUACGCAAUGUGUUUUAGUUUUGAUGGACCGGAUUCACACAGGCCUGGCUGUGCGUGCUCUUAAAGUUGGAAAACAUUUUCAAGAUCAUUAGUUAAAGAGUCUCUAGCUUGUUUUAUGUUGUGAAUUCUGUUUGGAAAUUCUGUUCAGGUUCAUGGUUUGGAUUUGAGAGUAUCUUUUGUUAAUGUGUUUCGCAAUAUAGAAACACCAAAUUGCAAGAUAGACAACGAUAGACAGUGCAUGUCCACUGGUAAAACUAAACUGUAAUGUCAACUCUAUGUGGAAUGCUAAAUACUAACAGAUGUGAGAUUUUUGCCCAAGGAGCAGCCCAUAACACAAUGCGCAUAGCAUAGUAAAGUAAAUGCUAACAUGUUUUUCAUAUUUUUACUUCAUAUUUUAUGUUAUGCAUCCCUACCUUAGAAAUGGUUGUGUAAUGUGAUCUAUGAAAAACUACAGUAGUAAUGGAUAAAAAAGCUUAGAGAGUUUUGUGUUGUUUCAUUUUUUGCUCUGAAACCAGUAGGACCUCCAAGAAUAAUAAUAUUCAGUAUCAGUGAAAUGUUGGUACAAAGUAACAAAAACCUGCUAUUUGUUCAGUAAGUAGGUCUGUGUAAGUUUUAAAGUUUUAGAAAUACUUUUAACAAUUCAUGUUUGAAUUUAAAGUUUAGAGGUAUACAUUUGACAAUAUUUUACUCAUGCCUGCCAACAUGUUCCCAAGGCCUACUUACCGUAUUUUGUUUUGCCAUUGUAUGUUUGUCAUGCAAUAGUAAUCCACCCUGAAUUAUUAUUUGCUGAGUUUGGUUUAAAAUGUAUUGGGAAAAAAAUGAAUACGUCAGAAAAAUGUUAUGUGUGAACAUCAAACCCACUUCAGCGUUGGACUCAUGUGGAGAUGAGUGCAGAGCUGAAAGCCUCUGCAGAGAUGUUUGUGAGUCCUCACUAAUGAGGCAACUUUUAAGUUGUGUAUCCCAUCUGCACCUGUGAUGACUUCUGUUUUAAAUGGAAAAUUGAGCAAUGUACACUUUGAUGUCAUGGGAAAGGAAAGUCCAUAGAGCCCAUGCGAAGCUGUUCACAUACCUGCAAGUGCGUUUGGGCACUUAAUGUGACCGAUUAUCAAUAAAUUGUUCAUUUUAAGGGAAACCUGUUUCUUCGAUGGAAGUGAAUUGAAGAAACACACUGCCAUACCUUAUUGUGUUUCGAAGGAGUUGUCACUUGAAAUUUUGUUUCUGCACACGAAAAGGGAGACAAUUUGCAGUUUGUUUAGCAGCAGUGAAGAGAGACCCCCGUAUCGCGUGAGGAUCGCUGUUUGCUUACAGGCCUGUUCUGAGCUCCUAAGUUGGCCAUCAUAAUUUACUCCCCCCAUGAUCCCCCCGUUAUACCCUCAACGUUUCCUGUUGGCAUGUGAACACCUGAUCAGGAUCAAGGAGCCUCCGCUGCCUCUACUUUACAGCCAGUUGCAGUGUGAAACUGCAACUGGCAGAUGCAGCGGUGCAGUUCGGGAGUCGAGGGCGGGAGCAAACAGCAGCACGUGCCAGUAUCCUGUUGUCUUCCCUGCUCAUUACUCUAAAGGUUUUCAUGUGCAUUGUUCCUGGUUCUGAGUAGGAGCUGAGGAAAUCCCAUCACCGGCCGUCACACACUCCACUCGGGAGAUUGUGGGUGACACCACUCUGAAAUUUCCAUAGCAUCUACAGUUCAAGCUGUCUCACUGCAGAGGCCAAGCUGAACCACUGGGCUGAUUUGUCUUUAUUAUACUUGCCCAGUUAUGAUUUGAUUUGACUUAAUGUUUGGCUCAGGGAAGAGGAUUGGCCCUAACCUCAGCUAGGAAUAUUGUUUGCCCCCGUCUUUGUGUUCUCCUCUGAUUGAACCCUCUCCGAGGAGAAGAGUGAAGACUUGUGUUUGCUGUGCUGAAGCUGUAUUCCAUCAUCAUCCGAGUUCUGCUGCAGCAUGGAAAUGAAACACGAACAGGCUAAAUUGUUUACCCUUUUUUGACACCGCUGGAAGGAAUCCACACUGCGGACCCCACAUCCUCCCCCAAAUUCUUCUAGGAGACCUGUUUAUUUUGCCAAUGCCCUUUUUAUGAGUUUAAGGCCACUUUACACAGGAAAGAAAGUUUUCCAUUUCCUCCUACCAUCAAUUUUAGUCAUAGUUGUGAGAAAACAAAUGCUGUGUUCUGUGCUGAGAAGGAACCCUUACUUCACUAGAGAAACAUUGCCAUCUUGAGGACCAUGGAGCUCCUGCUCUCCUCUCGCAGGCUACCUGACACACUCAUGCACACCAGACACCAAGGACAGAGCUGGUAUCACUGUACGACCACUGUAUUAAAAACAACAUGAGGGUGAGUAAGGAGAAAAGGUGCUGCCUGCCUGGUCUGUAUCGGUGGCUUAGGCAGCAGUGGUAAGUAUAAAGUGUCAACACCACGUUUUACAAUAUCAAAUGCAAACCGGCACACUAGUUUUCAGCCAAAGUCAUUACUGAGGUUAUUUACACAGACGGCAAUUGGCAUAAAUCCAAAUGUGUAAGAUAACAGGACCAUUUACUGCCCACAGUAACCCAUUGCACAUAAUGCUGCUCCCAUCAGCACCUUGGGAAUCGACAAAACAAAAUGAUAAUUUGUCUUAAAUAGAGAACAUUUUAAAACCCAAAUGUAUACUUGUGGUAAUAUACUCAUGCAGAGGUGUGUGUUUACGUUCAUUGAAAAAUUGAUGUAAAAGGUUGAAUUUUACAGUUAGGUUACUGCAUAAAUGCUGCACAUUCAGUUGUUUUUGCAGCCUUAUUAGAGAUGUAAAACCAAAUUGGGAUUACUAUCAUUCACUGGAAGAUUCAUCAUGUCAGUCAAUAUUAAUAUGAUCUAAUAUGGUCUGUGAGAAAACUGAUGUAGGCUCGGUUAUAAAAAACAAAACAAACUUUAAGCCACUAUUUCCUUUUCAAGACUUAUAUUCAUUCAUGUUGAACAUUGUCCUUAAGCCAUUUCUGAUCAUAGAUAAUGUUAUUGAUUUUAUAAAAGAAACCUCUAUUUGAUUAUUUCUUGCUCAAGCCUAAAGUAUUAAUAUCAGUUAGGCAAAUAUCAUUUAAAGGAAUUAUGACACAAGAAAAUGCCUGCUGGCACAAAAUUGUCUUUGCGUUAGGACAUGUUAAUGACUACAGGCCACAAAUGAUAACCUUCAGUUAAUGAAAUGGAGAACAUUAAUGUGAGAUAUAAAGAAGGCCCAGUCCUGGACUGUGUAAAUCUAUCACAUGCCACCAGUUAGCAAUCAAAAUGUAGCUUGUGAAAAUAAAAUCAAUCUGUGGCCAAUACUUGACUGUUUAAUCUGGCAGCCGGCACUUUACUGAUACCAGUAUGCUUUUUUACUCUGCUCCCAGUAUACUGAGGCUGUAUGAGCAGCUACAUGUGACAUUGUAAUACUGCCCCAGUGUUGAAAAAUGCAAAACCUGAGAGAUAUUCACUCAUCAAUAUAUCAAUAUAUUGAGCAGCAAUACGAUGCUUGGGAAGGUGUUCUGGAGUGUUUUGAGAUAUUAGCUUUUGUCUUGAUACACACUGUUAAGAAAAUAGGCCCAUUGGGGGGACCUAAAUCUGGAGAAAUUAAGUUUUAUAGUCUGGUCUCCUAUAAUCCUUUGUAAAGGUACCAAAUUAUAAUAUUGUGCCACUGUUGGUAAGACAUCUCAGCAUUUUGUAAUUGUAAACUGGUGUACAAUAUGGCAUUGUACAAUCACCACAGUUCCACACAUCUAAUGUCAUAAUAUUUGCUCAUGUAUUACUGUUAUGAUCUGAAAGAUCAUGUGAUUUACUUUUAGAACAGUAAUCUGCAAAAGCCACGUGUCAACUUCAAUAGCCCACAUGAUUAUGUCCAUGCUGACUCCAGUGCAGUUCAUUGCCGUAUGAAGCGCUCGCUUGAAAAUGUUGUUGAUCAGCCAUUAAAUGUUUAGUUAACUUGCAACAUGCAUUUCCAAAUCAUUUACACUGUAAACUUCUGACAAGAUUACAAAAUGUUUUUAUGUUUCCAAUACAGAGUUCCACUGGACAAAAACAGCAGUUGUUGCAUCCGCUUGUUUCCAGGCCGCCAGUAAACACCAUCAGGUGUCAUCUACUGUGAGUUACCUGUUUGCUUUGAUUGACCGCACUUUAACAAUCUGAAAUGACUUAAAAUGUGGAACCCUUUUUUUUUUCAAAAGUGAAAUAAUUACAAGAAUUUGUUGUCUAUGUAGUAUAGGCCCCUAUAAGUUUAAAGUCUGUAUAAAGCUCAAAUAUACUGAGAAAUCAUGAGCACUGUGUUAGGGAUGUAAGUUCAAUGAUUUUCCUCUCAGCAGAGUGAUGUGAUGAAGAGGAUGUCCUAUUUGAUUCUGUGAUUAGGUGACUGAGUGGGAUCAAUGAUUUUAUGUGUAGUGUUGGAGCCCCCCCCCAAAGAGACUCUGACCUCAAAGGGACUCAGACCUUUACAUGCCAACUCACAACUGUUUACUUUAUCUAACGUACCCCUUAUAAACCAUGUACUUGCUGCAGCAAGUCAGAGUGCAUAUUGGCUUUGUAUUCUCUGGGUUCUGCAGCACUCGUCAUUGAUGCUGGAAACUUGAUGUAAUAAAACCUUUAUGAUCAA